AUAAACUUCCAUUGUCACAAAGCCUAGCUAGUGCACUGAAUCAUAUGGCCUUCUCAAAACUGAGCUUGUUUGCCUUUGUGCUUGUUCACGCCUUCCUCCUCCAUUCUUCUCCAGUAUAUUGUAAUGAAGAAGAAGACGAUCUUUUCGAGGAACUCAACAGUUUCAGGGGAUCCCUAAACCUCACAGCCUUCACAGAAAACGAAAAGGCCGAUUGUAUAGCCGACGAAAUCUCAGAUGAGCUAGAGGAUGAGCUAUGCUCUAGAGCAGCUGAAUACCAGAUUAAACCAGGAAAUGGUCCUCAGUUCCCCUCCUUCACCAAGUCCUUAACCAAGUGUGACAUAGACAACAGCACCACAACUGAUGGGAUCAUUUUGCCUGUUUGUGUGCGCAAUUUGGACCCAGAUCUGGUGCGUACAAAUUAUACUGACACCAAAUUUGCCCACUUUCUGAAUGAUUCCAAGUAUACAGGAGCUGGGCUUGGUUCUAAGGAUGAUUGGAUGAUCGUUGUGUUGACCACUGACGCACAUAGUGGGAGCUUUACUGGUGGUGCUGCUUCUUUGGUUGCAAUUGGCAUGGUUCACUACAUGGUUGCUUUGUUGUUGGGAUUGUUCUUGGUUUUGCUAUGAUCGAUCAAGUGUUUUACUUAAUUUUUUUUUUCCUCUGAUAUAUUGUGUAUGAUAUGAAUAAUGUGAUUUUUCUCUUCAAAUUUUAUACAUGAUAAGAA